AUGGGAGGAACAGCAUCCCAGGCUCUAGGAGAACAUCGACUUAAACGACGAGGCAUUCGCAACUCGUUCGGAACACAUCAUACCAUUCCGGAGGUGCCACAAACCCUGCUCCAAUGGUCAGCAGCAACAACCUGUCGAAUGAAAAUCACAGACUCCACCACCUGUAUGCAAUUCUUCAUCGACACUGGUGCCGACGUGUCCGUAGUACCGAGAGGAUUGAGUGCUGACAACAUUAAACCAACAACCGUGAAAUUGUUCGCCGCGAAUGGAACGCCAACUGAAGUGUACGGAGAGGUGUUACUUAAGGUGAAUCUCGGUCUCCAUCGCGAGUUUUUGUGUCUUGAGUCAGCCGGAUCCCUAACCGUUAAUAAUCAAGUCACGAUCAAGCUUUUCAAUAUGAUGUCACCGUACGCUGAAAUACUGGCAGAAUUCCCCAGCAUCACCCGGCUUGCGCCUCCAGGUUCAGUCAGCAAAUCGUCGAUCGAAACAACUAGUCAACCUGUGUAUGCCACGCCCCACCGUGUUGCGCCGGACAAACUCGAAGCAGCCUGCGCAGAAUUUGAGCACCUUAUGAAACUUGGAAUCUGCCAGCCGUCCAGCAGUAACUGGGCAAGCCCGCUCCAUAUGGUAAAAAAGGCAGUUCCUGGCGUCCAUGUGGAGACUAUCGUGCUUUGA